AUGGGACGGAGCGAAGAAUUCCUUGUGCCAUCUUCAGCCAUGGAACGACCCAAACCUGGUCUGGAAGGCAUGCAUAAUGUGGAAGGUAUGCCUCCCACAAGUGAACAGUAUCCUCGACAAGCAUUGCCAUUCAGCCGGAAUACUGGGGACGGAGAAUCAGCUCCAGAGCAGCCAGAAGUAAAUCUGCGAAGUGACUACAAGAAAAGGGAAGAGAAGCUCACGGAGAAGAUAACGUCGCUGGAAAAGCGGCUAGAGGACAUGUCGAAGACAUUGGCCGAAGAGAAAGGGCUGAAGAGAAAGCAAGAAGCCAAAAGCAAAGAACUUCGAAAUGAACUUGAGAAAGAGAGAUCUGCUAGGAAGAAUGUGGAAAGAAUCAAAGAAAACAUUGAGAAAGAGCUCGAUAAAACCAAAGUUCAGAUGUCCAACGAAUUGGAGUCAAAGCAGAACGACUAUUGGAAAUUACUCGUCUGGCAUGGCGUUCUGUGGCUUCUUGUGCUCUUCAAUGGGAUCACAAAUGGAUCUGAGAUGGCUUUCCCAUCGACCUGUGACCUUGGGAUUAAUAUUGGCGCGAUAUUUUGGAUCGUGUUCGGCCUGACCAAGCACCUUUUCCUUCAUAUGUUUUUGGUGGCGCUUUAG